GCCGCUUAUCGCGGUCAAGAGCAAUAUUAAGUCGUUACCAUCAUGAAAUAAUACUCUGGCAUAUACUUGAGAAAAAGAUUACAAAAUUAUAUAAAUUAUUUUAAAUUUUUUGUGUCAACCUGUUUACUGGUUUAAAUCCAUCUAUUUUCAUACAUUUAUUUGCAUAAAUUGUAAAAAUGCAUUAAAAAAGAAUUUUUUGGUUUAAUUAAAAACCUGAUUACUAAGAAAGAUGAUCCAUAAUAUACUUAUCAGAGUUUUGGUGGGAGUACAUUGCAAAUAAAAGACUUAGUCAGAUAAAAUUAAUUGAAGGUAAAAGAACGUGUGAUUUGAGAUUGAAAUAAAAGUAACGAACUUUCUAAUUUGUGACCAUCAUCGUAGAAAAUUUUCAAAACUUGUUAUUUUACGUUGUUACAAAGGCGUCCUUGUUUGUUAGAAAAAUAACUGGAUGAAUAAGAAAACUAAACUGUAGUAUACUCAUAAGAAAUUUGGAGGGAGUACAUCAGUAAUAAGGAACCUAGUCAGAACGAAUCAACUGAAGCUGAAAGGUGCAACUUGAGAUUGGAAUAGAAGAAGUAAACUUUCUACUUUUUGACUAUUAUCAUGGAAGGUAAAACCAUCGUCUAUUUACUCUUCGUGAUACUUGUUAUUGGAGUAAUUGAUGUUCAAGGAUUGUCAAAAGGUGGACUUUGCCCACUAAAAAGCACUAUAUCAAAAUGCAUGCCUACCUGUAUGUCAGACUUUCAAUGCUCAUUCAAUCAAGUAUGCUGUCCGAACAGAUGUGGAUCCAAAUCUUGUGCUGCACCAAGUCCAGUUAAUACAGGAAACGGAUACAAGGAUUCCAACGGUGAAACCUAUUGUGGUAACAGAAAAUGUAGUCGUUAUGAGAAAUGCAUAUUCAAUUCUAAGACUAAGCGUGAAGAAUGUGUGCGUACAUAAUUAAAAAGUAAUAUUUUUUAUUCUGAUAUUAAUUUAUCAAAAAAAUGUAUUUUAAUCAAUAAAGAUAUUAACGACGAAAAAAA